GCAUUUCUAGAUAUAGAAUACUUCAGAUUAAAAUGACAGCUGAACAACAAUAAUAGUUUUUAGACUAAGCUUUAACUAAUUGAUUUAAUCCAACAUGCUUCCUUUAAGGCAUGACGAUCUAUUGAAGAACAAGGGGAUUGUUGGAAGGUUGAAGGAUAAAAUCAUUGGAUGGGUCAGAAUUAUUCUAUCAGAUCCUAAUUCUCGGAACCUUUUGGGAUUCCUUCUUCUCAAUCUGUCCUUCGCCUUCGUAGAACUCUUCUAUGGAGUGUGGACCAAUUCUCUGGGAUUAAUCAGUGAUUCUUUUCACAUGUUCUUUGAUUGUACUGGACUCUUGGCCGGCCUUGUUGCAACUGUAAUCACGAAGUGGAAGUCUAAUGACAAGUAUAGUUACGGUUACGUGAGAGCUGAAACUAUGGCAGGGUUUAUCAACGGCCUGUUCCUCCUCUUCAUAUCAUUCUUCAUCUUCUCAGAGGCUGUUGAGCGGCUUGUUGAGCCCCCUGAGGUCAAACAUGAACGUCUCCUUCUAGUCUCAGUCCUCGGCCUUCUUGUUAAUCUCGUCGGAGUCUUCGUCUUCCAGCAUGGUGGUCAUGGACAUAGUCACGGAGGAGGAGGAGAUCAUGGGCAUAGUCAUGGUGGAGACGAUCACGGACACGGACACAGUCAUGAUGGAGGACAUGGACAUAGCCAUAGUGGUGGAAAAGAUGUUGGAAACAGUCAGAUUAUGCAGGGAGUGUUCCUGCAUAUCCUUGCUGACACCCUGGGAUCGGUGGGCGUUAUCAUUUCGGCGAUCCUGAUGCACAUGUUUGGCUGGAUGAUCGCAGAUCCUAUCUGCUCGAUCUUCAUCGCUGUCAUGAUUGCACUAUCGGUCGGAUCCCUGGUUGCGGAGUCGGCAUCUAUUUUAAUGCAACGAACUCCUAAACAGCUUGACAACAAACUAGCGGACUGCUAUCAGAAGGUUAUGUCUCUGGAAGGGGUUCAAGGUGUUCAGGAAACUCACUUCUGGACACUGUGCACCAACUUUUAUUGCGGUGGGUUAAAGCUGGAGGUUUCAGCAACUGCAGAUCCUAAAUAUAUUGUUAGUCACACUCAGAUGAUUUUCCGCGGCGUUGGUGUCAAUCAACUUUAUGUACAAUUAGACUACGAGCAUGGACAGAAUACAUACAGAAACCUACAGAACGUUGAUUUACGAGAAAGCCACGCCUAUGUGAGAUAAACAAAUCCAUCCCAACCUUAGAUGAAAACAUCGGUUCAAUCCGGUUUGAACUCUAAUCCAAGAUCAUGAUCGAGGAUCUUACGAUCAUGCUCGAGACCAUGACACAAAGCAGAUUUGUUUUUAACUACAACACCAGUAAAGAUCUAGGCUUUGUAUCUGUAAAAAAAAGACGAUCCGGAAAUAAUUUAGACUCUCUCAAAAAAAGAAGAUUUUUAUAUAUUAACUUUGACCAAAAAAGCAUCGUACUUCUUUGUCCACUGUGAUAAUUGCUUUUUUAAGUGAGGUAUCAAAAAGAGUGAUUUUAUUUUACUCUAAAAAGAAAUAUAGAUACUUUAUUCUGGCUUAAUUUUCUUCUUUUGAGACAACACAUUAUUACUAUCGGGUCUUUUAUUCCAAAACUGUGUAUUAAGAUUAAGGUUGGAAUGUGAUUUGUACUUUAUGAGCGACGACUGUACUAGAUGUUGAUAAAAUCUAAGUCCUGAAUGUGUUGACCCUAAAAUUGAUCCUGCUUUACGUCUUAGUAUGAUAAAUUUGUUCAAUGAAGAUGAGAAAUUUUAGAAUAUUUUAUUAGUUUAAAAAAUGAAAAUGUAUGUAAAUCCAUUGAAAUGUUGGUAAACUGUGAUUUAUUUCUAAAUAAUGUUGUCAGUGGUACUUUGUUAAAUAUAUUCACCAUUUUA